UAGCGUCAUUAUUUCCCUUAUAAACGGUUCGAUUCAGUUGCGCUGAUUACGUUGCAUUUAGCCGCAAUUAUCCUCGGCGGAGUACAACAUAAAUAGCUCAUUUGACGCAAGUUUGUAAUUGUUUUGGAUACAAACUGUUAUAACAAGGACUUAGAAGAUCGAUGAGUCAUUCACUCACAAAUCUUAGACGUAGUUUAGUCAAAGAAACAGACAUCUUCGAUUAAAGUUUUCCAACUAUAGCGGUAUGAGGAACACGGAAGAGAUAAGAAACAGAGCUUUACGUAACAGUCCAACUGAGGAACACACAAAGGAAGUCCUCGAAAUGAUUCGAAAACGAGCGGAAGAAGAUGUUGAGUCAAACGUUCUCUUUGAUGAAGUUUUGCUGAGAAGAGCUUCGGUGACUCGACCAAACGAACCGUUGCCAUCGAUUCGAGUCGAUCCAUGCACUCCAAAGAGACGAAGUUGUCCCGCUGAUUUAAACAACGAAGAGUCCGAAUUAAUCCCAAGAUCUCGAUGGAGAUCGUUAAGCGAUGCACCUCUGCUUGAACGCGGGAGUCGUUCACCUUGUGAUCGCUUGGUAGUUUCACCUGCUAGAGGUGAUACUUCGAGGAAAGAGCGGCGAGUUUCGCUCCUUUCAACCAAUCUUCCACCUUUAGAAACUGAGCUGAGGCAUAAUCAGUUGGAACGACCCAGCUGUGUUCCAUCGCUACACCGUAAUGAUGUAGUUAUACUGCCAAAGGAUGCUUUGAACGUCAAAUCAAACUACGAGAACGAAGAUCCGUUCACAGUGAAUGGUGUCUAUCAUCGUGACGAAGAACGUAGAUGAUUCCACUUUAAAGUGACAGGACAGUAGAAUAAGACCGAUAUGAGAGACAUUCAGAGGUACUCCCACACUCCGUGGAUUGCGGCUUUCACCGCAACAUUUUGGCUCCAAAUCGUGAAUAACAAACAACACUGUUAAGCAACGUAUUAAUCAGGGAUGCCAAAGUCAUUUAGAAAACUCGGUUUUGAGGUACUUAUGCUGACGAGGAGACUUUGUAGACAUCAACGAUAGGUAACUCAAAGCUGUAUUAAAUACCACGUGUAUAAUAAUGACAAAACAACGCAUUGUACUUUGUUCAAAAGGUGUCAAAAUGUGUACCGACUGUUCUCGCGCAAGACUGCAUUUGUCCAUAAUUUUAAGUAGUCAGUGAACGACAUUUCCGAACAGUUGAAAACUCGAAGGUACCAGAGUUUGCGAGAAUUUAUUUUACAUAACUAAAUGGCAAAUAUUUAGUUAUUUUCCGUAAACCAAAUGAUGCGAACAGUGGCUGUAAUCACCUCUGUGGGGGUAGAUAUCUACUUAAGGCUGUAUUAGACUUCGCAAGUUUUAAUGUGGCCAUUAGCGGAGGUGUAAAAAUAUGUACAAAGGAAGUACUGAUUAUUUUUUCAACUUCUGGAAAACAGACAAAAGUUCACCAAACCUCGAUGAAAAAGUAUAUUCUGUAAUUUGAAAUACAACACAAAUGUUUGAAAUUCCCUGAACUCACUAGAAGCGAUCUUUCACCCACAUUUCUGUUGGUUGUUGAGAUUCAUUGAUCGCUUUCAAACAAAGAAGAUUAAUCAAGUUUGGCGGAGAAGGCUUUAUUAUUUUUAUUAGGAAACAAAAUGCUCCUUUGUUUUGUCGCAAUCUUGAUUGGAUAACAUUCUUUCUUGACGUAAUUCCAACUGCCCAGAUAGCGAUAAAAGGGUUCGACGGAUGUUUGAAAAGUUUCAAUUUUAGGUGAAUUCUUGAAGGGCCACACAUCAACAAGAAAACAUUUAUACUGAUUAAAAUUUAGGAAACUUCACAAAUACCAAAAUAAUUCUCAAUUAGAUAUUAAACCUCAUUUGACAUUGAAAUAAUUUCUUGGCGGUCAUGCUUUAUAUAAAAACAAAGGAGUUCAGCUGUAUUUUUUCC